CACGUUAGUCUCCUGCAGCAGAUCCCUCACUAGCCCUAGGGUUUACUUUCCUUUCAGGCUUUCUCUUCCUUCAGAUUUUUCGUUUAAUUUCAGUUUCCCCCCCUAAUUUUACAUAGAGGAGGAAGAUCUUCGUGCUGACUUCAAAAUUAAAAAACCUGUGGGAAUUUUGAUGGAUUGAGUUUGGACAUUUUAUCUUUAUGAUGCAGGAACCUGAGUUAAGUUUUUGUGGCAAUUCCGAGGGGACAAAAUUGAUGAAAUUAUAUUUUAGGGUUUUUUGGUUUGGAGAAAAGGUUGCGUUUUUUUUCUCGUUGAAGAUCAGACUUAGGGUUUGGUUUUUGGUGGAGAUUUGAGUUUGGAAUCCCAAACUUCGAUGCUUUUUUAUUACUGCACCCUUCUGGAUAUCUAGAGAAAGUCGACACUGUUUAGCAAUCCCUUUUUUGCAGCAUAUUGUUGUGAAAAGAUUUCUAGUUGGUGUCGAGCUUGAAUUUUAAGGUUCUGGGAUCUUCUGUCGAAGCUUUUGAAUGGUUUGACUUUGUAAGUGUCUGGGAAUUUGGGAUUACUUUGCUGUAGUUCACUUUGCAGUUUAGUUUUUUGAAAUGGAUAAUUCAAAGAAUCGGCUUAAUGAUCAUCUUGGCGUGAACAAAAUGGGCAAGAAUAUAAAGAAGAGCCCAUUGCAUCAACCUAAUUUUGCUAAUAAUGCAGCUAGGCAGCAGCCUCAGCCCCAGCCCCAGGUUUACAAUAUUAGCAAAAAUGAUUUCCGGAAUAUUGUUCAACAGCUCACCGGUUCGCCUUUGCAUAAUGAUCCUUUGCGAAGGCCCCCACAGAAUUCUCCCAAACCCCAAAGUAUGAGGUUGCAGAGAAUUAGGCCUCCACCAUUGGCACCAAUCAAUCGGCCUCGUAUUCCUCCUCCCAUUCCAGCCCCUGCUCCCGCCCCCGCUCCUUCUCAUGCACCAGCUCCUGUUCCACCUCCGGUUCCUUAUAACACUGGCUUUGUUAGACCUGGUCAAUAUGGACAGCCAUUGCCUACAAUGUUGCAACCUAUGGUUCCUGGAGAUGCUCGAUGGGCAAACACAGCUGAAUCUCCUAUAUCAGCUUAUAUGCGAUACCUUCAGACUUCUCUUAUAGAUCCAAGUCCAGUUGGAAAUCAAGGCCAUCCUCAACUACACCCUCGAGUUCCAGGGCAGCCUAAUGCUCCACCAACAUCUUCCGGUUUACUUCCUACUCCACCGAUGCCGGCAAUCCCUUCCCCAAGAGGAGUAAAUGGUCCACCAAUGAUGCCUAAUCUCCCUUCUCCACGAAUGAAUGGUCCCAUUCCACGAAUGCCCAAUCUUCCAUCACCAAGGAUGAACGGGCUUGGUCUUUUACCUUCACCGACUUCUCAGUUCCUUUUGCCAUCACCUUCUGGCUAUAUGAAUUUGCUGUCCCCCCGCUCACCUUACGGGUUGCUUUCUCCCGGGGUUCAAUUUCCUCCAUUGAGUCCCAAUUUUGCUUUCUCCCCAAUGGGUCAGUCGGGGAUUUUAGGUCCAGGGCCUCAACCUCCACCUUCUCCUGGUCUUGCGUUUCCAUUGUCUCCUGGUUUUUUCCCCUACCCAAGUCCAAGAUGGAGGGAUCAAUAAUCCAAGUUGUAUUAGUGUUGUUCCCAUCAGUUCCAUACUCAUUGAGGAAUUUGGACUUUCUUCAUACUGAAUCAUAUCCUUCUCAUUCAAGUUUGGUCGGAAAGUAUAAUGUAUACUGCUCGUGUAAGUGUUUCUUUCUUUAUUUGUUUUGUGUCUUUUGUAAUGUCCAUACCCAUUUCGCAAGUUGUUUGCACUUAGGCUACAUAACAGCUGCAAUGCUCUUUGUAUUCUUGAACACGUUUUACAUAGGAAAUAGUGAAGAUUGGAUAACUAAGUUUGAACAUCCUGACAGCAGCUGUAACUUGAAAGGAGCAUAGGUUCGUGCGUAAAAAGAAAAUAUAGGUAGGCAAUUUAGUUUUUUUUAUCUCUUUUGUAAUUGUACUGUUGUGGAUUCCUCAUUAGUUUUAGUUGAAUUCUUGUUCAUUAGUGAGCAUGUGGCAAUAAAAUAUUCAAGCACCUUUCAUUAUUUCUUUUUCCAUGUUAUUCAAAAUAAAAGCACAUGGUGUUAAAACUCUA